CUCGCCGUUGGCAGAUUCUACGCUACGCUUUCAGUGCGGUGCAUAUCUUGAAAGAACUAGGGGUGGAGGAGAAUCUUCAGAGGAAAGAUUUGGUAUCAUUUCGUCACCCGAGCCCGGCCAUGGACGAACAGGCAGGGCCCGGCGUCUUUUUCAACAAUAAUAACAACUCAAUAUUGCAAAGUGGAGGAAAAGGACCACUACCCGAAGGCGAUGGUGGGGAGGCGGUAAGGGCUCAGUACAGUAUCCCGGGGAUCUUGCACUUCCUGCAGCACGAAUGGGCCCGUUUUGAAGUGGAACGAGCACAAUGGGAGGUGGAGCGGGCAGAAUUACAGGCCCAGAUCGCGUUCCUGCAGGGGGAGAGGAAGGGCCAGGAGAACCUGAAGAAGGACCUGGUGCGGCGGAUCAAGAUGCUGGAAUACGCCUUGAAGCAGGAGAGGGCAAAGUACCAUAAGCUAAAGUACGGAACAGAGCUGAACCAGGGAGACAUGAAGCCUCCCAGCUAUGACUCCGACGAAUGCAACGAGAACGAAGCCCCCAACUCCCUCAACAACCAGUUGUCAUGGAAGCAGGGUCGCCAGCUGCUCAGGCAGUACCUGCAGGAGGUGGGCUACACAGACACCAUCCUGGACGUCAAGUCCCAGCGGGUGAGGGCCCUCCUGGGCCUGUCAGGAGACGGCAGCACUAGCAUCCAAGGAGGAGGAGGCGGUGGAGGAGGUGGAGGGGGAGGUGAUCGAACCACACAGGAGCCCCUGGUCAACGGCACAGCAGACACCAAGCCCAAAGGAGCCAGCACCGGCGGGAAAGGUCAGCUGUCUGAAUCCAGCGCUGUGCUGGAGGCCUUCAAGUUCAUAGAGAGCGCGGCCGCUGAUUUCAGUGAUGAGGACGAGGAUGAGGACAGUGAUGGGAAAGACAGGACCAUCAUUGUGGACUCGGGCACGAUUGUGAGGAAGAAGCCGUCCUCCUCUUCCUCCUCCUCCUCAGCCUCCCCCUCCCCCGUGUCCCCCUCCAAGGACGGUGGCGAAGACAUGGACACAGAGGAAGCCCUGAAGGGGUUCGACUUCCUGUCCAGUCCCGAUGAGAUGGACACGUCUCCCGACCUCAGGAGCUCAGGCGAUGGCACCGACUGGGAGAAAGAGGAUCACCCCAUGGGGGAGUCCUGGGACGUGGACCAGGGCCUGAUUACCAAACUCAAGGAGCAGUACAGGAAAGAGCGCAAGGGCAAAAAGGGGGUGAAGAGGCCGAGUCGCUCCAAGCUGCAGGACAUGCUGGCCAACCUGGAGGAGCCUCCAGCCCUGCAGCCCUCCCUCACCCCUCCCUCCCGGCCCAGCGCCCCCCGCCUCAACGAACACGAAAGCGGCCGCCCAGACGAAGUGGACGCGAUGACGUUCCCGCCCUCCUCCGGCAAGUCCUUCAUCAUGGGCGGCAGUGACGAGACCAUUGAGAACGAGCUGGGACUGGGGGAGCUGGCCGGACUCACCGUGGCCAACGAGGCCGAUGGCCUCACCUACGACAUCGCCAACAAUAAGGAUGCCUUGAGGAAGACGUGGAACCCCAAGUUCACGCUGCGUAGCCAUUUUGACGCCAUCCGGGCGCUGGCCUUCCACCCCGUGGAGCCCGUCCUGGUCACCGCCUCAGAGGACCACACGCUCAAGAUGUGGAACCUGCAGAAGACGGCGCCCAUCAAGAAGAGUGCCUCUUUGGAUGUGGAGCCCAUUUACACGUUUAGAGCCCACAGGGGUGCGGUGCUGUGUGUAGCGAUGAGCAGCAGUGGGGAGCAGUGCUUCAGCGGAGGUCUGGACGGCACCAUCCAGAGCUGGAACACCCCCAGCCCCACCAUCGACCCCUACGACUCAUACGAGCCGUCUGUCCUGCGGGGGGCGCUGUGUGGCCACACUGACUCUGUGUGGGGGCUGGUGUACAGCAGCGUGCACCAGCGCCUGCUCUCCUGCUCGGCCGACGGCACCGUGCGACUGUGGAACGCCAACAACACCAACCCCGCCAUAGCAGUCUUCAACGAGAACAAGGAGAUGGGCAUCCCGUCAUCAGUGGACCUGGUGUGCAGCGACCCGGCCCACAUGGUCACCUCCUUCAGCAACGGCAGGCUGGGCCUCUUCAACAUGGAGACCCGCCAGCUGACCCUCAACCUGGAGUCCACCGUGGAGCCAGGUUCCCUGUGUCAGAUCAACAAAGUGCUUAGUCACCCCACGCUGCCCAUCACCAUCACGGCACAGGAGGAUCGCCACAUCAAGUUCUACGACAACAACACGGGAAAGCUGAUCCAUGCCAUGGUAGCCCACUUAGACGCUGUCACCAGCCUGGCCGUGGACCCCAACGGACUCUACCUGAUGUCGGGCAGCCACGACUGCUCCAUCCGGCUGUGGAACCUGGACAACAAGACGUGCAUCCAGGAGUUCACGGCGCACCGCAAGAAGUUCGAGGAGUCCAUCCACGACGUGGCGUUCCACCCCACCAAGGCCUUCAUCGCCAGCGCCGGGGCCGACGCGCUCGCCAAGGUCUUUGUAUGACCUGCGACCCUUCACCCCAAACCAAUCACGUCCAACCCACCCACGCACCCGCCCACCCAUCCAACCAAUCAGCAUCCGGCUCUCUGCCUCGUCAAGCCCAGCCCCCGAGCAGAAGGCUCCUCAGGACACAUGCUCAGAGUGGGAGGAGAGGGUGGGGCCAGGGGAUGGUGGGUGUGGACGAGCCUCGGCCCCUCCCAUACCUCUCUGUGGCCCUCGUUUGUGGUAUUUGUUUUCCUGUUGUCGUUUUUCACGUGUCUGGCUUCCGCACUGGACGCUGUGGGUCGGCUGGUAGCCUCGACAAACACUGGGGCAGAGAGAAGGGGAGCUGGUGUGGGACUUGGCCACUAUGGAGGUCGACGAUGAGGGUGGGGGCCCUGGCCUCGGGGAGAGACGAGAGGGGGUGAGGAUGACAAACUGGUCGGCUCACGUCCUGUCUGUACCCCCAUUCACAUACAGACAGUCAAAGACACACACAUACACUCCUACAGACACACACAUCUGUGUGUUUGCAUCAACUGGACCACCUGAAGCAACCACUGCAGUGGCAGCCAACACAAGGUCCUUCUACUGGCAGGAAAUCCUAAUGGAGAAAUGAGGGAUGGAUUGGUUUGGUCUAGCCGGACAGUCGGGCCAAACCACAUAGCCACCAAACCCAUCACGCCUCUCUUUCAGACUCCUAAGAAACUCAGUUUGUUUUUGUUGUUGUUUUUUUGUUAUUAUUAUUUUUCUUUAUCUUUGUUUUUUUCUUGGAGGCGAGUCUGCAUGGUGUUGCCAUGUGGUCGACAUGCGGUUUAACAGGCUGCCUCACUCACAACGCCAUCCCAGAAGCCUUUGCGACCUCGCGACUUCCGGGUCCCACGUAGCUGGUCUUAAUCUUUACUUUUAAAAACCGUGAUAGACAAAAUGUGCCUUUGCUGCAAAAAGGUCUGGAGAUGUUCUUUUAUCAAGGAUUUUUGAUGCGGGGGGGUUUGUCCACAAAUAGUGGAUCAUAGUGGUCUCUAUUUUAAUUUCAUUGGAUGUAAAAUUACAAAUACUUAUAAUAAACAAAUAUAUAAAUAUAAAUAUAUAUAUAAAUAUAUAUAUUCAAGUCUUAAAACCUUUAAUUUCAGUCAGAAUUCCGAGUGCUCUUUUUGAUACUUUGUGGAAGUGUGUGCGUGUGUGUUAUAUGCAGUGAAUAGCAAUGCUGGCGGUUUUAGAUAAUACUGUACCUUAAAAGUAAACAUUUCCUGUUGUCCAAAAGAUUACUGGCUUAAAAUGGAAACCUUCAAAUAAAAAAAGGUCAACUGCAAACUGA